AUGGAGAUUUUUAAGAAAUUGGAGAUUAACAUACCUUUCUCUGAAGCCUUGCAACAAAUGCCCUCAUAUGCUAAAUUUCUUAAGGAGCUAGUCACUAAGAAAAGGAAGCACAUUGAAGAGGAAACCAUUGAAGUUCAAGGAAACUGUAGUGCUAUCAUACAAAAGCUUCUACCUCCCAAGUUGAAAGAUCCAGGAAGCUUCACCAUUCCUUGCACUAUAGGAAAUAUCUCUUUUGGAAAGGCACUAAUUGAUUUAGAAGCCAGUAUCAAUCUCAUGUCGCUCUCCAUGUUUGAAAAGAUUAAAGGUUUGGAACUCAAGCCUACUCGGAUGACUCUUCAAAUAGCAGAUAGAUCUCUGAAAUAUCCUUAUGGGGUAGCUGAAGAUGUGCUUAUGAAGGUAGACAAAUUUCUUUUUCCUGUGGACUUUGUUAUUAUGGAGAUGGAGGAGGAUGUAAAUGUGUCUCUUAUUCUUAGGAGACCUUUUAUGAAGAUUGCAAGAGUUUUGAUUGAAUUGGAAAACGACAAACUGAAGGUGAGAGUGCAAGAUGAAGAAGUAAAUUUUAAUGUUUUUGAAGCUAUGUCUCACCCAAAGGAUGACAAGGAGAGUUUCCAUCUUGACACUCUUGACGAAAUUUGCAUGAUAAAAGAGAAGAAAGCAAGUGAUAUUUUUCUUUUGGAGGAGACGUUAGUUGACACUUGUGAAGAAUUGAAUGAGAAAAAAGAAUAA